CAGAGUACGUGAAUCUCGAUGGCCACAGUUGAAGACAUAACCAAAGCCAAAAGGGCUUUGACUAAAGCUGGCGAAGAUGGUAGAAUUAGUGACCUGAUGAAUGUUAUGGAUAGACUAGCCAAAGUCAAGGCUACUCAAGAUCUACUGAAAAAAACGGACAUUGGUAAAGUUCUCGGAAAACUGAGGACACACUCCGAUGUUGCUGUAUCCAGACGAGCCAAAGAAAUUGUGAAAAAAUGGAAAGACGAUGUGAUGUCUACGCCGCAACCGAAGGCUCCAGCGAAGGUUGACCCUCAGCCUACACCAAAAUCCAAUAGUACUACACCGUCAGCUGCAUCAUCAAUAGCAUCAAGCCCUAAUACGCCAUCCGACGCACCUGUUGUUGCACGCACUGUGAAAGGCGAUGAAAUGCGAGUGAAGCCAACAGGAAAUACCCCUCGUGACAAAACCAUAGAAAUGGUGUAUGCUGCUAUUGGCCUUGGAAGCUUUGCUGACUCCGAUCUGCUUAUGAAGCGUGCCGAGAAAAUAGAACUUACUUUGUUUGAAGACUAUGGAGGCGUUACAGAUGGAUAUAAGAACAAGGUUCGAUCUCUGAUUCUCAAUCUCAAAAAUAAGCGAAACCCUGGUCUACGAGAGAGUGUCGUUAGUGGUGAGCUUAGUAUCAAAGAGCUUUGUACCAUGAGCAUAGAGGAUAUGGCAUCUGAGGAGAAGAAAGCUCAGGACCGCAAGUUGGCUGAAGAAGCCUUGUUCAAUGCUAGAGGCGCUGGAUCGGCUCAAGCAGAAACGGACAUGUUUAUGUGUGGUAAAUGCAAAGGUCGUAAGACUACUUAUUUCCAGAUGCAAACUCGUUCUGCCGAUGAGCCGAUGACGACCUUUGUUACCUGCGUUUUGUGCGGAAAUCGCUGGAAGUUUUGUUAACUUUGCAAUUUCGCCAUCAAGCUUUUGCCACUGUACAUUGUAUGAAAAAAAAGAAAAAGUCAAUACGAAGAAAGAGAGUUUAGCAUAUUCUGCGGUUAAGGUCCUUGCCCUUUGUUUGCUCAUGAUUGUAUUAUUGCCAUAAUCUAUAGGCUGCGAUGUCACUAGCAAUAGCGAAUUCCUCUUUCCAUAUAAAACAAUAAGAAUUCUAAUGUUGAAGACGAAAAAA